AAUGAAUUACAAGAGCAACGAGAGACACUUGAACAACAUGCUAAAAUGGCAGCGACUUUUUUCGUCGUUCUCAAAUCUAGAGCUACCGUAAGAGCUUUUAUAAUUUCUUGGGGCCUCAUGUUUUUUCAACAGCUAAGUGGUAUGAACGCUAUUGUCUUUUAUAUCACCAUUAUUUUUGAACAAACUGGUAGUGCUCUAAGUCCUAGUACAUCUACCAUUAUUGUAGGUGUAACACAAAUAGUAUCUGUACUUAUAAGCUCACUAACUGUAGAUCACUUAGGUAGGAAGAUGUUGUUAAUAGGAUCUGCAAUAUUCAUGUGCCUAUCAACUUUUGCUCUCGGUUUAUAUUUCUUUCUCUCACAUGAUGGCCAUGAUGUUAGCGCAAUUGAAUGGUUACCUUUAUUAUCUGUAUGUGUCUUUAUUGUUGCAUUCAGCCUCGGUUUCGGACCUGUUCCAUGGAUGAUGCUUGGUGAAAUUUUUGCACCAGUAGUAAAAGGUGUGGCUGUAAGCAGUGCCGCCCUUCUGAACUGGUUGUUAGCUUUCUUUGUAACUAAAUUUUAUAAUGAUUUAGUAAUAGCUAUUGGUAUUGGUCCUACAUUUUGGUUGUUUUCUUUAAUGAGUGCUAUAGGAAUUUUCUUCGUAAUUAUCCUAGUUCCUGAAACAAAAGGAAUGUCCUUAGUAAAUAUUCAAAGGGAUCUGGCAAAUUCAUGAUUUUGUUACUUUAAACUUUGCGUAUGAUACGGGUUUAAUAACGUUUUAAGUUAAGUAAAUGUACAUAUGUAAAUGGGGUGAAUGAAAAUGUUUUAUACAAUAAUUAAUUUAUGAUGCAUGUGUGAACGUAAAAUGCUGUAGCUAAUAAUUAUAUGGAUUCUGAGGUAACUUAAUAAUUGUAUAGAAUCUAACUGAA